AUGAAAAGUCAUUGCUGUCAAAGUGACAGAAAAGGGACGAUACGACUAUUUCCAACUUGUUCAGGGUGAAAUAUUUUUUUUUGUACAACGAGCCGGAUUUUCCUUUCCGCUUGGAACAAGUGGUGAACUGGCACACUAAAGUAAGAAACGCGUAAGAUUAAAAUGUUCCUCAAACAGUGUAGCGGUACCUGGUUGCUGCUGUUGGCGACGAUUUGUAACUUCUGCAUACUGGUACUCACUGAACUACCUCGUCCUCGAGGUGUUUCAAUCCCGCAAGCCAGCCUGUAUGAGGACCGUGCUGGCAGUGGUCAGUUUGUUUGUCUCGAUGGGAAGAAGGUGAUCCAUCGGGAACGCAUUAAUGACGAUUACUGCGAUUGUGACGACGGUAGCGACGAACCGGGCACGGCCGCCUGCCCAGGCGGUUCUUUUCACUGCACUAAUGCCGGCUACAAACCACUGAGCAUCCCAAGCUCGAGGGUAAACGAUGGGAUCUGUGAUUGCUGCGAUGCAUCCGAUGAGUAUGCUUCACACGCCAACUGCAUUAACACGUGCAGCGAGCUUGGCAAAGAGGAUCGAAUGCGUGAGAAGCAGCGUAGCGAGAUGCUGAAGAUGGGCAACCAGCUUCGGCUUGAAAUGAGCCAACGGGGGCGAGCACUAAAGGAUGAACAGCGUGUCCGGCUAGCCGAUCUCGACAAAAGCCGUGCCGAGGCGGAAGCACUAAAGCAAGAAAAGGCAACGCUAAAAAGUGAAGCGGAAGAGUUGGAAAAUGCAGCCCUCAAGGUAUAUCGUGAUCGCGAAGAGGAAGCUAAAAAACUGAAAGAAGAAGCCGAUGCAGUGAACAACCGGGAUGAAGCCGAAGAAACGUUCCGAAAGUACGACUCUAAUCAGAAUCAAAUGCUCGAGCUUGUCGAACUCCAAACGCGAAUCGUAUUCGAUCGCAAUCGGGACGGUGCGGUUACGGAAGAUGAAGCACGCUUCUUCCUAGACGAACGGGAACAGGUAGAUUUCGAAACGUUUGUAACGCUGUGCUGGCCGCGCAUCAAACCAUUUCUAAUGAUGGAUUCCGGACUGUUUAAACCACCGAGCGAAGAACAAGGCGAGGAGGAGGUGCUGGAAGAAACUGAAGAAGCGGAACUACAGAACGCAGAUUUAUACCAUCUCGAGGGUAGCGAACCCAACGAUCCAACGGCGAAAGAUAAUUCGUACGGGGAUGACGAAUAUCCACCCCACAAUGGUGAUGAGGAGGAUGAAGAGACGGUUGAUGAGAACGAAGAAGAUGAAGGGGAAGAUGUCGGCGAGGGUGACGUUGAAGCGACACGGGGUGCCGAAAAGCCAGCGGUCGAGUAUGACCCAGCCACACAGGAUCUGAUCAACAAGGCAAACGAAGCACGCAAUCAGUACACAGAGGCUGAUCGCCACGUGCGUGAAAUGGAGCAGGAAAUUCGCAGCAUUAAAGAACUACUAGACAAAGAUUACGGUAAGGAGGAAGAGUUUGCCGCCCUCAAUGGAGAGUGUUUCAACUUUGAGGAUCGCGAAUACGUGUACAAACUAUGUCUAUUCGACAAGGCGAGCCAACAACCACGUAACGGUGGGGCUGAGACGAGAUUGGGAACCUGGGAUCGAUGGAACGGGCCGGGAGAUUACAGCGCCAUGUUAUACUCGAAUGGAGCACCUUGCUGGAACGGUCCGCAACGGUCUGCCUUGGUGCACCUAGAGUGUGGACUUGACACGAGAGUUCUAUCAGUCGCAGAGCCAAACAGGUGUGAAUACGAGUAUCGUAUGCAAACGCCGGCCGCUUGCUUUUAUCAGGAUGAUCAAUCGAACGGUCCCAAAGAAGCACACGACGAGCUGUAGUGUUAAUGCGUUUCGAAGUUGUCAGAAGCAUCUUCUGUUCGGGCGCGGAAGGACAACAAACGCGAUGGAUCGUCAAUUUCUAUGUGCUGCAUGUUGCCGAAACAUUACCAACGAUCCUCCUUAUCGAAUCAACAUUCCCUCGCUCGUGUACGACUGUUGCGAGAGAAAAUAAUCAAUAUUUGCGUUUAAAACGAAGUUUGAUGCAAAAAUGACUGACAACACGUGUAUAUCGCGUGUCGGUAACAUAAUUUUUUUUUCACAUAGCGGUACACUCAAUGAUCAUUUGAUUUUGUUCCAUCCUGGAACAUCGUCCCGUAGAAAGAGGUCCACAUUUGCGAGAAUCGUAGUUUAUGCAAGAUGGUAAAACUGUAGCCAUUCCAAUGCUCAGGUCAAUCGAUGAGGGAUGGAUGGGAGAUAGAUAGAUAAACAGAGGGAGAGAGAGAGAGAGAAAGUGAGACAUGAACCAUAUUAAGUUGAUGAGAACCGAAACAAAUCAAAGGGCAAUGGUAAUUUUGUGAUUGUCGUUUGGUUGUCCCCCUAUGUGCGAGUAAAUUUCAUUAUUGGUAUACAACAUCAUCAAAAAUAUGUUCGACGAAUAAACAUUGUGAACAAGAUCGAUCAAGAAAGGUGUUGGAAAAGAAAAUACGUUUUAUAAAAUGAAUAAAAGAAUAAUAAAACAAAA